GAACCUGAUGGAGUUUGUUUGUUUGUUUAUGUGGUGGGCACAGUAAAUGAGAGUGAGUUGCUGCUGUUCGGAAGGCCUGAGUGGCUGCAGCUGAGCUGUUUGAGGUCUCUUGGAUUCACCUGUUGAAAGGUUUUAUCAGAGAUAACCAAAACUCCUCUUCUAAAACAGAAACCAGACAUGGAGUCAGUGUGCUCAGCCCCAGAGCAAACUGUUGCUUAUGCAAGGGAGGUUAGUUCUCUGUUACACAGGUGUGGUCUUGCUGAGAGCUCUUCUUGUGUUUGUGCAGUUCAGUUCCAUGCUCCAGGCACAAAAACCUUUUGUUUUUUGAAGCAAUGUCAGAUUAGCAUCUAUCCACUUCAUGUGCCUUGCAAAAUACCUUCUUGUAACGCACUUCUGAGCUAUUCAGCAUUUCCUUUUUACAGGCAGGAAAUUAUAGCAGAGAGGCACUUAAAACUACAAGAAUAUCUUUGAUAUUUGAGAACAAACCUUAAUUUCCAAAAUUCUUUAUUCAUACACUGAUUCACUUUCUUCUUUAUCAGUGCAAUUCAUACAGAGUCAACAGAUUUCUGCAUCAAAGGGAAAGGAAUUGGAACCUGGGGCCAGUAAAUAUUACUGAAGUAACUUCGAAGUUACUCUGAUUUUAAUUUUAACAGUCAUAGGAUCUCAUGUUCAACAAGAGUCUGAAUGCCUGGGCGUGUGAGGAGGCUGGGAAGUCCCUGUUGUUUUCUAGUAUGAUCUGAUGCAUGCAUUGUUAUUUCAUAAUUCCCGGAAUUUGGAACACCGUGAGCCUGGGGUGAAGCAGAGAGCAGCUAAUGGGCUGCUGCUCAUCACUCUGAUAACAGCAGUCUCUUCCAUCCUGGCAACUCAGCAAACACUUAGCGUUCCCAGGCUGCUGGAGCUGUUCCAUGUUAAUGGAUGACAUUUGAUAUGUGCCCUGUAAGUCCUGCACUGGGACUCGGUGACCGGUGGGGUGCCUGAUGCCUGUAAUCCCCAUCCCCCGCCGGGUCCGUUCGUUCCACGGCCCCCACACGACCUGCCUGCACUCAGCCUGCGGCCCGGUGCGGACCACGCACUUGGUGCGUACCAAGUACAACAACUUUGACAUCUAUCUCAAAUCCCGAUGGAUGUACGGAUUCAUUCGUUUCCUGCUGUACUUCAGCUGCAGCCUGUUUACCUCCAUCCUCUGGGUGGCACUCUCUAUCUUGUUUUGCCUUCAGUACCUUGGCAUCCGGAUCUUUCUGCGUUUCCAGUACAAACUCUCCAUCAUCCUCCUCUUACUGGGGCGAAGGCGAGUGGACUUCAGCCUCAUGAAUGAACUGCUCAUCUAUGGAAUUCAUGUGACCAUGCUGCUAGUGGGGGGGCUGGGAUGGUGCUUCAUGGUAUUUGUGGAUAUGUAAAUAAAAACAAGCGCAUGUGGGCUAA